GCACGCACAUGGAGGGACUUGUGGAGCUCGUGGACGAGCGGUUCGCGGCCAUAAAACGGCAGCACUUCCCGAGCUAUCUGGUCUUACUACGCAACUGGAGAGAGAGCCUGAAAAAUACGGAGGAGUGGAUGGUAAAGAAGGAGCAAGAGUUUUCCCAGUACGCCGACACCGUGAUAGCCCAGUACCAGAAGGGUCCUCCUGCCCUACAAGACCACACCUACUACAGAUAUGAAGACGAGAACUCGUUUGUGGCCCACAAUUGUUCUGAAGCGUGCUGGGCCAUGGGAAUGACCGUCAAAUCCCCAUCUAAGUUCAGUUCCCUCUCUCUCCCCCUCCUCCUCGGCUGGCAGCGAGUAUUUAUGAUGCGGCCUCCGAGUGAAGGAAAUCGGACUGACACAUACUAUUCCGCCCCUUGUGGCAGGAGACUGAGAUCGAUGGAAGAAGUGAAUCAAUUUUGUGAGUGUCUGCAAAGAAAUAUGUUCUUGAAUGAUCACUUUGUUCUGUCCCUACCUCACUUUCUUCUGUCCCUAUAUAUACCAGUGGAAAGUACUUCUGUGGCUGAGUCCAAUAUAUUAAUCACCAAUUUCACCUUUGACCCUCUCUGUUCCCUUGUAUGCCCACCCUACAAUGCCAAGUCUGCAGGUGCCAAAGUCUUCAUCCCCGACAUUACGUGUGACACCAGAGGCCAUUCCUAUCACCUGUGUCAACUCCAUCACAUCGGACCCACCCGAGCACUUCCACUACAUCAAUCACAGAGAGAUUGGCCCCGGGGUCCACAUCGAGACGGACCCCGGCUUUCUCGUCUCCUGCUCCUGCGCGGACCACUGCGCCAACCGCUCGACCUGUCACUGCUGGCGUCUCACCAUGCAGGAGGCACAGACGAUCUCCUCCAACAAGCAGUCGGUGGGUUACACCCACGGACGACUCAAGAGGCCGCAGCACUCGGCGAUCUACGAGUGUAACGCUCACUGCUCGUGCGGGCCGAGGUGCCGGAACAGAGUGGUGCAGCGUGGCGUGGAGCACCACUUGCAGGUGUUUCGGACCGAAGACAGGUGAGGAAAGGGUUAAAUCUGACUGUAGUGGAUGGUCAAUAGCAAUGGGGUUAAAAGAGUGGCAGGUGAGGAAAGGGUUAAAUCUGACUGUAGUGGAUGCUCAAUAGCAAUGGGGUUAAAAGAGUGGCAGGUGAGUAAAGGGUUAAAUCUGCCUCAGUCAAAUCUCUAUGUCUUGCACAGGGGGUGGGGUCUGCGUACACUGAGAGAUAUCCCAGCUGGAAGUUUCAUCUGUACGUAUGUGGGUCAAAUCUUCCCCGAGCACACCCUGGAAAACCAGGGGGGCUCAGUGCCCACUCCAAUCAGUGACGAGUAUUUUGCCGAGUUGGACUAUAUUGAGGUAAUGGAACACCACAAGGAGGGCUACGAGGAAGAAGUGGUGAUGCCGUCUGAUCACGAGACGACCAUGAGCAGUGAGGAUGAAUCUUUCAUUCUCGACAGCAUCGCCAGCUCUCAUACAAGAGAUGGUGGAACAGGGGCAAGUGGCAGUGACGAUGAUGCCAAUUCUGACAGCAGCAGUUCCUUAUCCUUCAUCAGUUUGUGUAGUUCCACUGUCAUCUCUCCCAUCCACUCCCCACUUGCCCCGCCCCAUUCUGAGCCACACCCACCAACAGAUGACACACCAUCAAACUUUACAAUGUCAGUAACUACACCCAUACUCUAUGGGUUGUCCCAUCCACCAAUUGGACAUCGAUCAUCAGACAGGACAUCUCCAGGACCCAAAAACAGGCCAACUCAUGCUCUACAAACCGCUCCCACUGCAUCAUCAAAGCGGUCGUCCCGUCUGCAAAACGAGCAAAGAAUCAGAUCACCACAAGAUUAUGUGGUUCCAAUAUCCCCACACCAGCAGCAUGGAAUCAGGACUCGCCAGCAUUUCAGGGAGGACUUCAGCUACAUAAUUGAUGCUAAGGAGAGGGGCAACAUUGGUCGCUAUAUCAACCAUAGCUGCUCUCCAAACAUGUUUGUUCAAAACGUGUUUGUCGAUACGCACGAUCUGCGGUUUCCGUGGGUGGCCUUCUUUGCAAGAAAUCGUAUCAAGGCACUGCAGGAGCUAACGUGGGACUAUAGUUACGAAGUAGGGUCUGUGGAGCGAAAGGUCAUUUACUGCCGCUGCAAGGCACCCAACUGUCGCGGAAGACUUCUCUAGUUUGUCACUCACUGACCCCACAUCAUGUCAUGACGUCAUAUUAAAUAGUACACUAGACCAAUUGAAUAAACCCUAUCAUGAUGCAAUAUUAAUUAUUACAGAGAGUGCGAUAUGUGAUUUGACUAAUACACAGAGUGUGAUACAAUACAUCUCAGUGAGGCAAUGUACCGCCACUGCCUCAGCCACUGAGGGGGUCCUCCAUGCAGUGUAUGGCAUAUCGCAGUCUGCUGGUCAUGAUCUCCUGUGUCGAGUACUGUGGCAGCUUCAGCAGGAACAUACACGUCUCUGCUCUUACGUAGCGGCUGUCUGUAGGACCUGCAGAGGGUUCGUUCAAUACCAAAUCAUAGUGUAAUGCUCAACAGAAAUAGUAGGUAUAUACUGUG